AUGUCGCAACUCGUCGGCAAGACCCGUCUCGCCUACUCGCGCACAUGGCACUAUGUCGACGCCGGCGCCGAUGAACGAUCCCUCGGCCGCCUCGCCUCGUCGAUCGCCCUCGUUUUGAUGGGCAAGAACAAGCCCAUCUACGACCCCUCAACAGACUGUGGUGACUACGUGGUGGUUGUGGGAUGUCAUGAUCUCAAGACAACGGGAAAAAAGCGAUUCCAGAAGAAGUACUACACGCACACGACGCGGCCCGGUAGCUUGAAGAGCAUGACGAUGGAUCAGAUGUUUGCUAAAUGGGGUGGUGGUGAAGUCCUCCGCCGUGCUGUCAGGGGCAUGCUACCUAAAAACCGACUUAAGGAUGUCCGUCUCGCUCGAUUGAAGACUUUUGAAGGCGCCGCCCACCCCUACAAGGAGAAUAUCGUCAAGUUCGGCAAUCAAUCAGUGAUCGGAAAUUUGCCGGAAGUGCAGGAAGCAUUUAAAGAAGCCGCCGACAAGCCAAGCGCAUAA